GUGCAUCCUCCGGCGCCGAAGGACGCAGCUGUGCAUGAGCAGCUGAUGCAGGCGAAACAGCUCUUUGCGGAGAAGAACAAGGUCAAGGGUGUUGUGGUGCCACCGCCAGAACGUGCACCGGCCACUCCUGACCAUGCUUCAGCUGCUGCAGUGCAGCCAAAGGCUAUGCAAAUGCAAAGCCCACCGGUGCAGAGCCCGCCCAUGAAGAAGACGAAAGUUGGUGUGGAACCCAAGAAGAUGCCAAAGUUGCCUGGUGCAUCUGGUGCAGGCAAAGGGCGGAGAGAGGCAUGUGAAGCAGAUGCUGUGCCACGGGAGGCAGCAGCAGCAGCUGUGGAACCGGCUGAGGCAUCCAAGCAGCCUGAUGCGAUGCCACAGCAGGGCUUGGAUGCUCAGCCGAAAGUGCCUGUGCCAAUGCAGGGGUCAACACCUGCUGUGAGGCAGGCUGGUGUGGCGCCACAGCAGGUACCGAAGAUGCCAGCGGCGCCUACGACUACGAGUGCCACAGGUGGCAAGGGCUCCGUGGGUGAAAGGCCAAAUGUGGCUGAGCCUGCACCUGCUGUGUCGCCAGAGCUGAUGACUACGGUGUUGCAGCUGCUACAGCAGUCGCAGGGGGUGCCUACGCAGCAACUGCAUCAAGGGCCCAUGGUGAUGCAGCAACCACGGGUGGUGCCUACGAUGCCACAGCAACCGCAGGUGGUGCCUACGAUGCCACAGCAGGUGGAUGCAACAGACGGUGCCUACUAUGCAACAGCCGUUGCCUACGAUGCCACAGCCGAUGGUGCCUACGAUGCCACAGCCGGGUCCUACGAUGCCACAGCCGACGGUGCCUACGAUGCCACAGCCGGUGCCUACGACGCCACAGCCGGGUCCUACGAUGCCACAGCCGGUGCCUACGAUGCCACAGCCGGUGCCUACGACGCCACAGCCGGGUCCUACGAUGCCACAGCCGGUGCCUACUAUGCAACGGCCGGGUCCUACGAUGCAACAGCAGGGUCCUACGAUGCCACAGCCGUUGCCUACGAUGCAAGGGCAGGUGCCUACGAUGCAGCAACCGUUGCCUACGAGUCCAAGACCUGCCAUGGGCUUCAUGGGUGGGGGACGAAUGUGGUUGCAGAGAAGCAGGGGUCAUCACCUGCUUACGUGCAGCCUGGUGCAACGUCAGUGCCGAUGCCUACGUUUCCAACAGCGGCUGGGGGAAAAGGUGUGGGACCGAAUCUGGUUGGUGGGAAUCCACAUGCAGUGCCUGUGAUGCCUGGGUCUCCAGGUGGAGGAGCUUCGAUACCUGUGGGGAUGACAGCUCCGCCCCAACUGGAGCAGGCUGUGGCGAUCGAUGCGGUCUACCUGUCCUUGAGGACAUUGGUUGGUUCGACCACCCUGCCAGAUGACGUCUACGAUAUGUAUUUGCGACUCCUGCACAAGUGUGCAGAUGCUUCACGAGCACGGGAACAUGGUGAGGCCUCUGGAUCGACAAUGGAGCCCCUUCCGACCGAGCCACGUGUUGUGCCGACUACCGAGCCUGUGCCGACCACCGAGCCUCCGGCUGGGAGGGCAGAAGUGGCUACCCAUGGGAGGGAUUCCGUGAUUGAGGUGCCGACCACAAGCCCAUCGGAGGACAUCGAGCAGCAGAGCCCUCCAAAGGAUGCUCCAAAGGGAGAUGGACACCC